AUGCUCCCAGCAGAAGUCUUUGCCAACACGUCAGAAGCGGAACUUGAAAUUGUCACAGAAAUCCAAGGAAAACUGAAGGAAGACCCCUCCCUGGAACCUAUCAUCCAAUUCCUGUCAGAAGACACAGAUAACACACCCCCGUCCAUCCGCAAGGCGUAUAGGGAUUAUGAUUGGGAGGAAGACCUACUAUGGUACCAAGGGAAGCUAGUGGUCCCAGACUCGGAAACCCUGAAAGAACAACUGCUCAGAGAAUUCCAUGAUUCACCCCUAGCAGGGCAUCCUGGACAACAAAGAACCCUGGAGCUCCUGAGUCGCAACUACUGGUGGCCAGGGAUGAAGUCAUCCGCCAAGGAAUGGGUGGAAUGUUGUCCUACCUGCCAAGCCAAUCGUUGCGCCCAUGCCCCUGUCAUUGCCCUGAAGCCCUUAGAAGUUCCCCCCUUUCCGUUCCACACAAUAUCCUAUGACUUCAUUACAGGAUUUCCCAAAUCUAACAGGCACAACGCAAUUCUGGUGGUAAUUGACUCCUUUUCCAAAUUUGGCCAUUUUAUACCGACCACAAAGAGGAUUACAGCCAAGGGCCUAGCAGACCUGUUCACUACCCACGUGUGGAAACUUCAUGGAUUACCAGUCAAAACCAUAUUGGACCAAGGAACCACAUUCACAGGAAAGUUCCUCAAAGCCCUUUACCAACGACUGGGAAUCAAGCCCUCCUUCUCAUCGGCUUACCACCCGGAAUCAGAUGGUCAAACAGAACAAGUUAACCAAUUCAUCGAGUUUUACCUCAGAUCAUACGUAGCAGCCAAUCACUCAGACUGGGCUACUUGGCUCCCCUUGGCAGAGUAUGCGUACAAUAAUGCCAAACAUGCCGCCACCGGGAAAACCCCUUUUGAACUGGUUUAUGGAAGAAACCCGGUAAUGAACCCGUCAAACGUCCCAGCCAAUGUACCGGAGGCAGACGCCGUAGCGGAUACCCUAGCCCGGGAAUGGAAGGAGGCGGAAGCAGCCCUGAGAAUGAGCAAAGAACGGAUGAGCAGGAAUCAAGGAAUUGUGCCGGAAUAUUCAAUAGGCAAAAGGGUUUGGCUAGACGGGAAGAAUGUUGAACUUAGGACCAAUUCAAACAAGCUAGACCCCAAGCAACUUGGCCCCUUCAAAGUCAUUGAGAAAAUCUCUAGCCACGCCUACCGCCUAGAGUUACCGGAAUCUCUGAAGAUCCAUAACGUGUUCUAUGUGGGAUUAUUAUCUAGGAGCCACAAAUCCCCAAGUCAACCUUUUCCAGAAAGACCCCCUCCUGAAACAAUAGAAGGGUGUUAUGUAUCACACAAUUUUGCAUUCACAGCUCACCAUCCACAAUAA